CUUUUCCGCACAUAUACUAACCAGGUUUUAGGACCGAAAUUUUUACCAGACCAACUGUUUGGAGGUGUGAAAAGCAAGCAAGAUGGCAGAGCCAGAGCCAAGGAAGUUCGGCCUCCUUCGCUGCUGUAAGUUCCACUGGCGAGGAAAGGCCUGCAUAAUUAUACCAAUAAUUACGUUGCCGAUCUUGAUUAUGGGUUUCGAAUACGACAUGGCGGAGUACAAGUGUCUCUAUCUCAUCGCCACCAUGGCUCUCCUGUGGAUUACGGAAACCCUACCGAUCUACAUUACUGCCUUGUUACCUAUUGUCUAUUGCCCAGUUUUUGGCCUUGUGAGUGCCGAUAUAGUGUGUCGACUGUACUUCUCCGACACCAUUGUCAUGUUCCUGGGCGGUCUUAUUGUGGCCUUGAGUAUAGAGUAUUGCAAUCUCCACACCAGAAUCGCCCUGAGAGUUAUCCGGAUUAUCGGUGGAAGUCCAAGGCGGUUAUUUGUGGGUUUGGUGAGUGUAAGUGUUUUCAUGGGAUUGUGGAUAUCGAACUCAGCUGGAACAGCCAUGAUGUGCCCCAUUGUGAAAGGGGUUGUCAAUGAAUUGGAAGCCAACAAUAUAUAUCCAGUAUAUAUGACGCAAGAGGAGGAGCCUGUAGAGGAAGGCGAACCACCCCAUCCGUCCAAGGUUACUAUUGCCCUAUAUGUGGGCGUGGCCUACGCCGCCACAAUUGGCGGACUGGGAACUUUGAUUGGAACCGGCACGAACCUAGUCUUUAAGGGAAUAUACGAGCAGCGAUUCCCAACAUCCACCGAAGAGAUCACGUUUGCCAACUUCAUGGUAUACUCGAUCCCAAUAAUGGUGGUAUGCAACAUAACGCUGGUGAUGAUCGCUAUGUUGACGACCCACAUGGGCUUGUUUCGACCCAAUAGCAAGACGGGCAUGCUCAUCAAGGAGGCCAACACGAACCGGAAAUUGUUGGAGGAUGUUUUGCGACAGCGUCAUAUGGACUUGGGUCCAAUGAGCUGUCACGAGAUCCAAGUAUCCAUUUUCUUUGCUCUUAUGAUCAUUAUCCUUUUUACUCGCAGACCAGGCUUCUUUCCAGGAUGGAGCUUAUUUCUGAAUGCCGUGCCAAUAGGAAGUUCAGCUGGAUUGUUCGUUAUCAUUCUUCUUCUAUUUGCUCUGCCUACCCAAUAUGUGUUCUUCAGAUACUGUUGUGGCCAACCUCCUUUUCCCGGCCAGGCACUAGAUGCGCUGUUAUCCUGGCGUUUUGUGCACCAGAACAUAGCCUGGGGUCUGCUGUUUCUGCUGGGUGGCGGCUUUGCCUUGGCCGAGGCCAGCAGUCGUAGUGGAGUUAACGUAAUGGUGGCCAGGGCGAUGCAAGUCCUUAUCGGAAGUCCAUCAAUUGUGGUGCAGCUAUUCACGGUCUUACUAAGUAUGUUUUUCUCAACGUUUAACUCGAACGUGGUCAUUGCGAACAUUCUUAUACCGAUUUUAUGUGAAAUGGCCCUCGUUCUGGAAAUUCAUCCUUUGAUUCUGACUCUGCCAUCUUGUUUGUGCAUCAGUAUGUGCUAUUUUCUGCCAGUUAGCACGCCGCCAAAUGCAAUUGUUUGCAAUUAUGCCAACAUCAAGACCAAAUACUUUGCCUUUUGCGGCCUUCUACCCACCAUUAUCGGAUAUUGGUUGACUAUUUUAAACACAAACACUUGGGGAAUGUUAAUAUUUUCGGAAACCAAUAAAUUUCCGGAUUGGGCAAAGGAAAUUAAGAACCAGAGUAACAUCUGAUCAAGCAAAGCUUCCUUUGUAAAAUUAACAAGUUUACUAAAUUAAAAAUUUCAAAUAAAAUCAUUAAAGAAUUUGGUUUA